CUCUUCUCUUAGUUUUCUUAUAGAUUUUAUCUUGCAUUUUGUUUUUAAGUUUCUGCUUUUCUGUGUGUAUUAGCUUCAAUGGCUGAUACAGGUGCUUCAGGUUCUGGGGGGAGAAUGUGGUGUUCUGUGCCUGAAAGGCUCCAGCUGCACAUGGCCAUGUUGGCCUUGCAGUUUGGAUAUGCCGGGUUCCAUGUGGUCUCUAGAGCUGCCCUUAAUAUGGGCAUUAGUAAGCUUGUGUUCCCUGUUUAUAGGAACGUCAUCGCUUUGCUUCUUCUCCUUCCAUUUGCAUACUUCCUGGAAAAGAAGGAGAGGCCAGCCAUUACUCUCAAUUUUCUCCUCCAGUUUUUCUUACUUGCGCUUGUUGGAAUAACAGCAAACCAAGGUUUCUACUUGCUGGGCUUAGACAACACCUCACCCACGUUUGCCUCAGCAAUCCAAAACUCCGUUCCUGCCAUUACCUUUCUCAUGGCCGCAAUAUUAAGGAUAGAGAAAGUAAGACUAGACCGAAAAGAUGGUAUCGCAAAAGUGAUUGGAACUGUCUGCUGUGUUGCCGGGGCCUCCGUGAUCACUUUAUACAAGGGUCCAACUAUAUACAGCCCAGCUCCUCCUCUAAACCAACCCACACCAAUGUUUGUUUCGCUGGGAGAUGCAAAUGGCAAGAACUGGACCCUCGGUUGUAUCUAUCUCAUUGGCCACUGCCUUUCCUGGUCCGGUUGGCUUGUGUUGCAAGCACCCGUUCUCAAGAAAUACCCAGCUCGCCUUUCAGUCACCUCAUAUACGUGUUUCUUUGGACUAAUUCAGUUCUUGAUUAUUGCUGCGAUUUUUGAGAGAAACUCGCAGGCUUGGAUUUUUCACAGUGGGGGAGAAGCUUUCACUAUCCUCUAUGCGGGAGUGGUGGCAUCUGGAAUUGCAUUCGCUGUACAGAUAUGGUGCAUUGACAGAGGGGGUCCUGUCUUCGUGGCUGUGUAUCAACCUGUUCAGACUCUUGUUGUCGCCAUUAUGGCCUCCUUCGCUUUAGGCGAAGAAUUCUACUUGGGAGGGAUCAUUGGUGCGGUGCUGAUCAUAGUGGGAUUGUACCUGGUUCUCUGGGGCAAAAGUGAAGAAAAGAAGUUUGCAUCAAAAGAAAAGGUUAUGAUUCAGUCCACUCCAGAGCAUGGUAACACAAGGACAACAACCCACAUCAAGACGUCCCUUACCCAGCCACUUCUUCCUCCAUCAACAGAAAAUGUUUGAUCACAAAGAUCCUAACUUUAACCAAAGUACCUGUUGGCUGGAGAACAAUUUUAAAAUUGCACUAUCCUAUGUCAAAAAGCUUGUGUGUGUAUGAAGUUGUUGUUGGUUUUUUCCUCUUUUUCUUUUUUUCCUUUUUUUUUUUUUUCUCAAAUAGUGGAGAGAGAUAAGGAAGGAGAGAGUUUUUCUAAGGGGAUUAGUGAGAUAUGAUGAUCAUGCUCAGGCAUCAUAAUAUCUGAAAAUCCCUUAUGCUUUUAUAUGUUAAUUUUAUGGUUUGAUUUACGAGAAAAAAGAUAUGCAAAUUAAUUAUGAAGCUAAUGCUUAAGAUCA